CCCUGAUGGAUUUGAGGGACCAGAACGCUAGUAACGACAUCCCUAUCCUGUUUGGACUAUUGUGUAUGUGCUUUGGAGCUGGCCCUUCCAUGAUUGGUCUUCUUCAAAGACUAGGAUUAUCAGAGUCCUAUCCAGUUUUAAUCAAGGUGUUGAAAUCUCAAACUACAAGGAACUGAUUACACAGAGAGUGAGCUCCAGUACCCCUGUUGUAACCUACCAAGAUAAUAUGCAGUUAAUGACAACAUCUUUGCGCCUCCUGAGACGGGGUAAACUGCACAAGGAGAAGGUGAAACAGGGCAAGAGGUGGGACUUCACAGUUCGUGGGUGGCGGGUGGCAGAUAUCAGAGGGCAGGAAGAGCUUUUCAAAAAUUGAAAAAUUAAACGAGACUUACCUGUAAGUUGAAGUUUGAUUGAGAUUCUACCAUAGCAUUUGCCGGAAUGAAGAGGUUACGUGAGAUAGCAAGCAUGCACUUCGAGCUCAGGCUUUAAAGACGAGUUAUUUGGUGGCCAUGUUUACAAACGCAUGGGUGGGCUCCAGUAAGAGGCGGGAAGUGACCUCUUCAUUCCUGCAAAUGCUAUGGUAGAAUCUCAAUCAAACUUCAGAUAUCAGAGGGCAGGAAGAGCUUUUCAAAAAUUGAAAAAUUCAACGAGACUUACCUGAUUGAGAUUCUACCAUAGCAUUUCAAAAGGAAAUCAACAGCAACUGGAUCACUGCGCGCAGGUUAUGGAGAAGCUCGAGGACGCAGCUGCGAAUAUUGAAACGCGUUCUAUAGAAACAGCAAAACGACGGAUUCUGGAAGGCACAGCUAGUCAGGAAGAGGAUGAAAAUCAUCAAAAUUGCUGAUAAGAGCGAGUUUGGUUGGGCCACCGUGAACGAGUACAUUUCGGACGACCUAGCGUCUGAUACGGAUGAUGAAAAGCGGCUUUACCGAUCCGAGAAACGCGCGGAGAAAAAGCAGAAGGAUAAGCUACACCAGCGAAGGGAGAAGUUAUUAAGGACAAGACCUCAAUCAAGUGCUACUGCUUCGACCAACGUCAUCAAUUCCGGGUCCAGCGCCAGCAAUACCCGAAGACUUGGGCCGUGUUAUCAGAUAAGUAAUUUUUUACAACUACUACUGCUUUAUCAGGCUUCGGAUGUAUCUUAGUCGCUAACAAGGUCGAAAUACAAUGUUAUCCAUGUAUUUGUGUGUAUGUGUGUUUAUUCCGAAGAUAAGGGUAGAAUAAAUAAAUAACUGCGGUAACGCAGUUUAGCAGUUAUUUGUAUUCUGCACGUUUCGAAAGGAAUCUAUUGUUUGUGUACAAGUGUUGGUGUACAUAGUGUUGGUAUGUGUGUAAUUCACGCUGUGUAUUCGGUAGAAAUAGCGUGAAUUUGUCAUGUUCGUUCUUCGGCUCUCGACACGUAAGCGACGAGACUAAACUUCAGUGGAAAGUUUUCUUUCAUGAUAUCAGUUCAUUCGUGAUAUUUUAUCUAUCUUUUCAUUAUUAGUGUGGGAAUUUGGUCAUCUGAGUGCUUUCUGUAAGAAGCCUCCUCGAACCGGAGCGGCAGCGUCGACGCCCUCUAAAUGACUAGAAGGUGGCGGGAGUAAUGAGGUUGAGUAUGACCAGAGUUUUUCUGCUUUUUUGAAGAGCCAAUUGGGCGAGUAUACUGAUACACCGAAAAGUGAAACGGUUAAGUGUCGUGUAAAACGAGCUGUCAAUUUUUGGCCUGACACGAUUGAUGCUCCAGAAUUUGUACUUAGAAUGAUUGAAAGGGGUUAUCGCUUGCCUUUCGGUAUGUACCCUCCUCGUUGUUUUUUGAACAAUAAUUUUUCGUCUUUAAGAAACAAAGAUUUGGUUUCAAAAGCCAUUUAUGAGUUGCUUAGCAACCAAUGUAUAGUUGAGCAUGAUAAAGCACCGUAUUGCGUUAAUCCCUUAACCGUUGCGGAAGGGGAAAAACUUCGUCUAGUUAUCGAACUGAGACAUGUUAAUGGGUACCUAGUGAAACAAAUAUUUAAGUAUGAAGAUUUACGUUCAUUAUCACAGGUCAUAGAAGAGGGAAAUUGGUUCUUUACAUGGGAUUUAAAAUCCGGCUAUCAUCAUGUUGAUAUAGAUGAAGAACAUCAGCAAUAUCUAUGGUUUUCUUGGGUUUUCAUUGAUGGCACUCGUAGAUAUUUUACCUUUACCGUUUUGCCAUUUGGCUUGAGCUCUGCAUGUUUUUGUUUCACCAAAUUUCUCCGUCCUUUGGUCAAACGGUGGCGCUCUAUGGGACAUGUAAGUUUUUUAUAUUUGGACGACGGUUUGGGUAGCCAGCCAGACAAGUUAUCGGCUCAAGUGGCUAAUACUAUUCAGCGCAGAGAUCUCGAAUCUUCAGGUUUGCUCUGUAACAUGGACAAAUCUCAUUGGGUUCCUAUGCAAGCGGGAGAAUGGCUCGGAUUUGUAAUUGAUACAAUAGCUAUGAAGUUCUCUAUUCCGGAUAAAAAAGUUCAGAAACUUAAAGGUUUCCUAGAUGCUGCUCUUUCGGAUGGUUAUUGUUCUCACAGAUUCCUUGCUAGGAUCGGUGGUACCGUAAUGUCAUGCGCGUUAGCUGUCGGGCCUAUCUCACGAUUGUUAACUCGUGAGAUGUAUUAUACUAUUGAGUCAAGAUCAUCAUGGGAUUCUAUUGUUCGUCUUACGCCAAGCCUUAAGGAAGAGCUUCGUUUUUGGUAUACUAACAUAGACUGCUUCAUUGGUUAUCGUAUUACUUCCCUUCUACGUCUUGCAUGCUUUUGUUUACGGACGCCAUCGAAACAGGUUAUGGCGGAUAUACAGCUACUUUUGAUGGUUCACCGGUCAGUGUUUCUUUCAGAUAUCAUGGAAGGGUAUUCGAUAUUAGACAUGCCAAAGGACAUUGGUCUUCAGCAGUCAUUGCCCGGCCUCCUUGAUCUACUUCUCGGUGCCAAGGCUGAGUCAACAGUGCGCAAGUACCACACAGGUUGGAUGAGAUGGCGGGCAUGGGCUCUGUUUGACGUUAAACCACUACCAGCCAAACCACUUCACGUAGCAUUGUUCCUUACGGAGUUGACCAGGUCUGCUGAAGAGAACGGCGUCGGAAUCUCGAGUGUGGAGGGCGUUGCCUACAGUAUUACAUGGAUGCACAAGUUAGCGGGUUUACAGACGCUGCUGACAGAGCACCCUCUUGUUAAAACUGCGUUGGAGGCUUCAAAAAGUAGAUUAGCCAGGCCAGUAAAGCCAAAAGAACCUAUUUCUUUAAAUAUUGUUAGAGACAUUGCUAGUUUUUAUCAAGCUUAUGAUAGUCUAGCGGUAUUACGUUUCCUAUUUAUUGUUUUUGUCGGCUAUGCUGGUUUCCUCCGUGCAGACGAGCUACUUAAGAUAAAAGUAUCAGAUAUCACUAUCAAGGAUGAUCAUAUGUUAAUCCAAGUUCCUAAAAGGAAAAAUGACCAAUUUAGUGAAGGCCAUUCUAUAUUGAUUAGUAGAUCUAACAAAAUCACUUGUCCGGUAGCCGUCACGGAAAGGCUUCUAAGUGCUCUGCCUCAGAAAGAUAAUUUGUCUCCUUUAGUCAGAAGAAUAAUUAAGUCUAAAGAGCGUUUCCUAUUCAACCAUUAG